GACAUGGCUCGGCUGAUGACAACACAGCUGCUAUUCCUUCUGGUGUUGGUGGGCGCUGGAUGUGGUGCCCAGCUCAGGACUACGCGGGCCAGGACUGAACUUCUCAACGUUUGCAUGGACGCCAAGCACCACAAGGAAAAGCCAAGCCCCGAGGACGAGUUGCACGACCAGUGUGGCCCCUGGAAGAAGAACUCCUGCUGCUCCGUCAACACCAGCCAGGAAGCCCACAAGGAUAUUUCCUACCUGUACAGAUUCAACUGGGACCACUGUGGAAAGAUGGAACCUGCCUGCAAGCGGCACUUCAUCCAGGACACCUGCCUCUAUGAAUGCUCCCCCAACUUGGGGCCCUGGAUCCAACAGGUAGACCAGAGCUGGCGCAAAGAGCGGAUCCUCAAUGUGCCCCUGUGCAAAGAGGACUGUCAGAACUGGUGGGAAGACUGCCGCACCUCCUAUACCUGCAAGAUCAACUGGCACAAGGGCUGGAACUGGACCUCAGGGCAUAACCAGUGCCCAGCAGAAGCUCAGUGUGCCCCCUUUGAUGUCUACUUCCCUACACCUGAUGUUCUGUGCAAUGAAAUCUGGAGUCACUCUUACAAGGCCAGCAACUACACCCGAGGGAGCGGCCGCUGCAUCCAGAUGUGGUUCGACCCAGCCCAGGGCAACCCCAACGAAGAGGUGGCAAGGUUCUAUGCCAAGGCCAUGAGUGGCGCUGAGCCCUGUCGGGCUUGGCCUCUCUCGCUCAGCCUGGUCUUGCUGCUCUGGCUGCUCAACUGAGCUCCUUCUAUCUUCUGAUACCUGGACAUCACAGCCCUGUUCAUCCCCAGAGCUCCCACUUACUCAGUUUGUGCUCCAUAGUAGGGCCCUCUGAAAGCCAGUUUAAAUAAAUAGACACCCCACAUGUGUCUUGUGAAUUAUUAGGGGGUGACUGGGGAUGCCACUGAUUUGCUUACUGAUUCCCAUUGACUGAAACCAAUUAAACUUGGUCAAUUCUCAGCUCUGACACUUUGCUAUGAACUGAAGCCAGAUACUUAACUACUCUUCUAAUCUAGGAUACAUUCAUAGCUCUAAAUUUCAUUUUUUACUAUAUCUCGAACCUAGAGGCAGGCCCAGAAUUUUACCAUUGAAAUUGUUCCCAAGCCUCCCAGUGUUGCCUGUUCUGAAAUAAAAGAGAUAGGAAUGGGGUUGCCCAGCAUGUUCUGGAUGGGUAACUGGGAAGAGGUUAAGAGGGCCAGAAAAAGCUAUUCUCUGCUAACAGCUAGUACCCACAAAGCACUGUCUGUCAAGAACUGUUGUAAACGCUUUGUCUUUGUUCCUAUAAGGUGUAUGUACCGUUGUCUGCAUUUUACAUAUGUGGAAACAAGCACAUAAACGAAAGAAAUUGGCCAAAGUCACCCCCUCCAUAAGAGCUUGCGUUUCAUCCCAUGCAGUCUGGCUCUUGAGAGUAAGCUCUUUCCCCUUGUGAAGUGGGCAGAUAUGUGUGCCUUGAAGGAAUACUGUGUCCCUGUCUGACCAGAGGAACUGGGCCUGAGCUGGUCUCUGGCAGAGCUAGGACUAGAAGCCAAACCUAGACUCCUAGAGCAGGUCCCAAACCAAUGAUUUGAAAGGUUUUUUUAGGCAUUGUUCCCACGUUAAGUAUAGUUUGUAGCAGUUUAAAUAUGAUAGGUUAUGUUAACAGUAACAUCCCUAGUAUCUCAGUGGCUUAACUCAAACCCUUAUUUCUUGCUCAAGCUACAGUAUUUAAUGCGCGUUGUGUGUGGGGGAGGAGUCAGCCUCUUAGUCAUGACUCAGGCUUAUGGAGGCUCCAUCUUGUCACACACUUUCAUGAGAUAAGAAUCUAUAGGAUACUCUCCCUUGCAAGGGUAGUAUAUAGGAAAUUUUAUAAAUCUGAAUUUCUGUGGGGUGUUUGAGGGAAAGUAUUCUAAGGAAUGUAGUAUGUGGCUUCACCAAAAUCUAUCAUCUGAGACAAUCCCUAUUCCACCAUGAAUUUCGGGGGAUUAGCUAGAACAAAGUGCCAAUCAAAGAGGGAGUCUGUUCUUGGUGUAGACGUUGCCAAUGCCAGUAGAGAUGUUUAGGAGAGUGGUGCAUUUUUUUUGGAGAGAGUGUUUAUCCCAGUUGGCACAAGGAUAGUCUGCUAAAUUGAGGGUCAGAGACCAGAGCCAGAGCUAAGAAAAAGGGCUGCAUCAGAUGACUAAUCAAAAAAAGAACAUGAAGCACCUUACCAAAAAUACCAAAACAGUAACCACAAUCAAUCUCCCUCACUAAUUUUACUCAUUCCUUUAAAAUUAUUUGUUGUUCUAUGCUUGCAAGUUCCCUCCAUAGAAGUCUUCUACUUUGGGACUGGAAUUUUUCUGGAAGUCUCAAGUCAAAGGGCUCUGAUAGGUUGAAUCAGCCAAGUGUUAGUUUAUUUCUUGUCAGUAAAUUAUGGCAGGGAUCUUUAGGCAAACAAGAGGGGAGAAUAGAAACUACCUGUUGACAGUACCAAACGGUCUGGUCACUCUAAUACAGCAACUGCCUAUAUGAGAAUGAAAGAAGAAUUUUCACUACGGUGUAAUACACAAGUGCAUGGGCCCACUGGUAACUGCUGCGUUUCAUAGUCUCAGUUGAUGACUACUUUGAGGAGAAUAUACUACCGGAACCCAAGUAAGAAGAGGGGGACAAAGAGAGUCUUCUCUAUCAAUUUAACCAACUUACUUUUUUUUUUUUUUAACUUUACUGUGGUAAAUAUAUAGGUAACAAAACAUUUGCCAUUUCCACAAAAUUUACACGCACAGUUCAGUGACAUUAACAAUGCUCUUCAUGUUGUUCAACCACCACUGUUAACCAUUCCCGAAUUUUUCCCUCACCCUUAAUAACUUAUUUUUGAUAAUUCCAUUUAUCCUUUCUGCUUUGCCUGAUCUCUAUGAGUGAUACAGACAGUGAAUGUAUUUACCAAUAUUGAGGAUUUUAUGAUCUAUUUUGUAAGAUGUGUACCAAAAUUGCUACCAAUAAUAAAAUGUUAUUUUAAACCAAGGAAUAAAAUCAUCUUGGAAAUAAAUUUGUUGACAGUCAUAAAAGCCCUUGCACAUGAACACAAGUGUGUUUGCCCAUCCAGGAAUGUCCACAAUCACUAAUCAUUCAUAGUCACACCUUUAGCUUGUAUAAAAAAUCAUCUAGAGAGGAUGAGUUUCCUUUUUUUGCUUUGACAUCUUUCUCUGCGUUGUAGACACAAUGGACAGGGCAGUUCUUAUAAUACUGAUGAACUAAUUUUAAAAACAUGGGGCAUACUAAUUAUACCUAAUUAUUUUUAGCAUCUCUGUUCAUGAGUACCAUGCUGCAAAGAAGCAAAUUUUUGGUGUAAUCUGGGAGUCCCUGGGUGGUGCAAACUGUUAAGCACUGAGCUAUUAGCCGAAUGGUUGGUGAUUGGACCCACCCAAAGGUGCCUUGGAAGACAGGCAUGAUGAUCUGCUUCUGAAAGAUCAUAGCCUUGAAAACCCUAUGGAGCAAUUCUACUCUGCACACAUGGAGUUGCCAUGUGUUGGAAUCAACUUGGCAACUAACAACAACAACAGCAUCCAAGAAGUGUUAAGAAGAUUUUGUUGUAAAAGAUGAUGUGAUCUUUUUUAAAAAUUUUGUGGUAAAAAUAUACACAGCAAAACAUACGCCAGUUGAACAAUUCCUUCAUGUAUAUUUCAGUGACAUUGAUUACAUUCUUCAAGUUGUACAACCAAUUUCACUAUGCUUUUCUGAAUUAUUCCACCACCAUUAACAUAAACU